AAAAAGAAACUAUUCAUAUUGACGCCGAUUAUCUCUCCUCAUCGUUGAGAUUGUUCUCUAAAAUUGCACUUGUUCAACUGUAUUCUGUUGCGGAGGCAGAAAAGGCAAGUGCCGUGGAAUUUCAGUCAAUGGGUGAUUCUUCAAGUUGCCGUUUCAAAUGGACAAUUGAGAGCUUUACGAAGCUUAGUGUCAGGAAACUCUAUUCUGAUAUUUUCUACGUAGGAGGCUACAAAUGGAGGAUUUUAAUUUUCCCGAAAGGGAACAACGUGGAUCACUUGUCGAUGUAUCUCGAUGUUGCUGAUUCGGAAACUUUGCCUUAUGGAUGGAGUAGAGAUGCCCAGUUUAGCUUGUCUGUCAUCAAUCAGAUUCAUAGUGAAGGCACAGUUGAAAAGGUUAGAAAACAUGUGUUCAAUGCAAGUGAGAGCGACUGGGGUUUCGCUUCAUUCAUUCCUCUUAGUGAACUAAAUUCUUCUGCUAGCGGUUUUAUUUUGAAAGACACAUGCAUCGUUGAAGCAGAGGUAAAGUUGUGUGGUCUGGACAAAGAGGAAGUAAAGAAAAAGGAAGAAGCUGAAGCAUGCGUGGAUAAUGUCAUAAAGGAGCCAACUUCUGUAGAAGCAAGAGAAAAAUCCUCUUCAUUUGCUGAAUUUGACGCGUUGUUUACUGACAUUCAAAAGCUAUUGGGAGGAGAGACUUCUCAGGCAAAGUAUUCAAGUAGCUUCCUCCAUCCUCCAUGUAGUGUUGAGGAGAUCGCCGGUGCAAAGAAACUCCUCAUACAACUCCUCAAUAUGGAUCUUGCUAGCGUCAUCCAAUUGGAGAAAACUUAUGAGCUCAAGAAUUCACUUUCUAUCUUGCUAACUGCCUAUACAUUUCCUGAUAACGUGGUUGAUAGGACAACCAAGUUUCUAGCUGACUUUGACCAAAGCUGUGAGAAAUAUGAAUCUGCAAAGCAAGACCUAAGUGAGGCCCAAGAGGAUGAAAAGGCAGUAGGUGAGCUGAAGACCACUCUGAAGCAAUUGGUUUCGGAGUCCAUACCUGUAAGGAAUCAAGCUGAGACUGUUGAUCGAGAAAUAGCUAGGCUGGAGAAACACAUGGCUGAGAGAAAGGCGAAAAAGUUGCUGCUUAGUAAGAGAGUUGAAGAUUUGGCUGGUCGAGCAACUACUUCAAAACAGGAACUGGUCAGUGCUGAAGAGAAGAUGAGGCUGUCAGCUGUCAAGAAGGAACAAGCAGAGAAGACGGUUGGUGACAUAGAAAGGUCGUGGAAUACUUUGAAGGCUGAUUGUUCUGUACCGCUAUACUAAAUCCUUACAACAGUUCGGACAUGUGAGAGUUGGGAACAUGUUAUUUCAACCUUCUUUUUUCUUUUUCUUUUUGGGAAAAGAUCGCUUUCUUUUGGGGAAGUAUGGACAUGCAACAGCAAGUUAAAAGUUUCCCAUCUAGGAAAAUACUUGCUUUUGGAUACUUGUAUAAAGCAUAAACUUACGUACGUAUUCUUAUAUCCCCUCUACUUGCCUUCAUAGGCUGUCUUCUUGUACUUUGGUUUGCUUUCUUUUGCAUAUUGGACCAUCAACUUCUUUAUAGCUUA